GAGUAUUUGCGGUCGAGCAUGUUCGGAACGUAGCUCCGCCGCUCGUUUCUCUGUCGCCUCGAGACCGAGUGUCCUUUCUUUGCAGGUCUCUCGUCCGCUUCAGUCUCUUCAUGUGCGUGUGCGUGUGGUGCAUUGUGAAAAAUUUGUAAAUAAAAGUUAUAAUCAGCGGGAUACGUCCUUAGUUACCAUGCCGUACUACAACAGUGGUCACAGCCCCGCUUACAACAAAGAUGGUGGUGGUUCUAGUGGGCCGCCGAGCACUUCUGGUGGUCGCGCCAGCAGCUCGGAGCCGACGUAUAUGAUGGAACACUUGGCCACGUUUACCGUCACGAAGGAAACCGGUAUUGUUUAUCCGGCGGAUGGUAUGCGCCGUCUCCUACAAUUAGAGAAAAGCAAUGGCAUCUGGAGUCAAAAAAUGCAGCUUCGUCUUGAGCGAAAUUGGGUUCUUAUCAUGGACAACGAGACGGGGGCCAUCAUGGAGCGAUUUCCGGCUUCCUUGAUACAGGAACCGACGGCGUUUACCUCGAGAGAUCCAAUGGAGAUGUAUAACAAUAUUUUGGUAUUCACGGUGGCCGAUGACAGUGGUUCCGGUCAGCGAGCGGAAAUGCAUAUAUUUCAAUGUCAGAGUGUAUCGGCGCAAGACCUUGUCGAGGAUUUGAAGAUGCUGCAAAUGGGAAAACUGGUCACGGGUGGCUCGCCCCGAGGUCCUAGAGGGCAUAUUCCUCCUCCGCCUGCCUUACCGCCUCCGGAACCACCUCUGAAUGGCGUUAACGUCAGAGAACAGGUGUCCGCUUUCAAUGCAGCAAAUGCAGACGGCCAGAAUGAUAUAUCCCGAGAAGAGAAUAACGACGAAGUGUCUUCGACGUCUUCGGAGAAAUACGAGCGCGACGUGACAAUUCUGAAUCAUUGCUUCGAUGACAUCGAGAAGUUUAUCGCGCGUCUACAGCACGCAGCUGCCGCGUCUCGAGAACUGGAACGUCGACGACGUAACCGAAAAUCGAAGAAGCGAAACCUCGGCGACGGUAUGCUAACGAUGAGAGCAAAGCCGCCACCCGAAAUGGAAUUCAUUGAUAUCUUCCAGAAGUUUAAGCUUUCGUUCAACCUGCUGGCUAAACUCAAGGCGCAUAUUCACGAUCCUAAUGCGCCGGAACUCGUACACUUUCUCUUCACGCCGCUCGCACUGAUCGUAGAUGCCUCUCACGAUACUAAUUACGAUCCAAAUUUACCCAGUAAAGUGGUAUCGCCUCUUCUCACGCGAGAAGCGGUCAAUUUACUGAUAAAUUGCGUCACCAGCAAAGAGACCGAACUCUGGCACUCGCUAGGUGAUACGUGGCUUAUACCGCGUGAUCAAUGGAAAGGUCACGUACCACCAUACCAUCCGAUCUUUAUGGACGGCUGGUCGCCAGAGUAUCCCAUUCCCGAAGACAGGGAUCACGAUCAUUUGGCGUCCUUGUUAAAUGCGGAUAAACAAAAGAGAGACGAAUUACCGGAACAACAAAACGAUUCUUAUUAUAAUCACCGCGAUGUAGAUGAAUCGCAUUACAGCAGCGAUUAUCUGGAGUACGAAAGCCGAGAGGAACGUGGUGGUACGGAGUACUUUGAUAGGAGUUAUGGGCCCAGUUCGGAAUUGUAUGGCCGCGAAGAGAGAGUAGAUCAGACUAGGGCACAUAGCGACAUUUCCGUCGACUCGAUCGAGAGAGCUCCUAGAACAGCUGCCGGUAUAGAAAGAGCACAGGAAGCUUGGCUGGAUGAAUUAAUAGCACGCCAUGCUAAAAUUGUUCAAGUCACUUAUCCACGAACGGCAAACAAUGACAAGGAACUUACAGUAGUCAGAGGCGAAUAUCUAGAAAUUCUUGACGACAGCAGGAAAUGGUGGAAAGCAAGAAAUUCCCGUGGGCAAGUCGCUCACGUCCCGCAUACUAUCGUUACGCCACACAAUCCCGCUACUCAUUCUGCUGACAAUGACGUCUUUAACAAUCCUCUAUACACUAGCAGAUAUCCGAGGCAGGGGCACGGCUAUAAUUAUGAGGAUUCGGAGAUCGAGAGAACUAGCACUAGUCCAGAAGCCACACAUCGAUCACACGCGAUUCCACCGCCAGCGCCUGCUGAUUGGGUGAGAAAGGAAAGACUCGGGAAAAAAGAUGACAUUAAUUCACACAACGGAACCAUCAGUAAUAGCGAUAGGUCCAGCGUUUCUUCUAUCGAAAGUAUCUCUCAAUCAAAUAGACAGAUCAAUACACAACAAAGCAUAGUAGAAGUGCACUCACCACCUCGUGAUAUAAUACUAGAUGUAAUACCAGACAAGCCAACUUUAUCGUCACCGUCGUCUUCAUCAACACUACCUAUACCAACACUAUCAUCAGAACUACCAAUAUCGAAAUCGACGUCUAUACUACUAUCCGCAUCUGAAUCAAUACCAUUAAAGCUAACUACAUCAAAAUCAGCACCAACGUUACCUGUACCAGCAUUAGAUUCACCGACGAUACCUUCGACACCUCUAUCGUCUCCACCACCGCCACCGCCAAUGCCAAUAAAAUCUGCCCCAUUGCUUCAAACUCAAAAAUCUGUACCAAUAACUUUUAUGUUUAAUAAAGCGGAAACUUCCAAAAUUAGCCAAUUAUCUAAUGGCAUUUCCAGUCAAGAAGAAGUUCAAAAGGAACUCAAAUUCGUUCUGAGGAUAUUCCGAGAGAGGAAAGCGAAUUCCCAUUCCAGCGAUAACACGCAAGAAAUUUGGUUGAAUCAACACUCGACUCCUCGGGAAGUUCAAACUUGGUUAGCAGUCAAAGGAUUCUCGCAAAAGUAUAUUAAGUUCAUACAAUAUUAAUA